GAUAAAUUGCGUCCCUAUAUGAGACACACACUUCAAAUUGUUUUCCAUUUGAAGUGAAAAUAGUGAGUGAAUGAUGCCACCGUUUCCUUCAACCUCUAGUCGGUUCCAUUUCCAUACUCAUUCAUCUCUGCUCAUCAAUCUCACCACCAACACCUUCAACCUCCCCAUCACCAUGUCCUUCUCUUCAUCUUCAUCAUCACAUUCAUCUUCCACAACCCAUCCAAUACAAGAAUCAAAACACCAAAACCUCUCUCAAAUCCUCAAAUACCAUAACCAAACCAAGCAUUCCUUCACUAAAUACGCCCGAGGACCUCACGGCCUCGACUGGGCUAACCAACCCAACCCAUUUCGGAGAUUCGAAUCUGCUCCACUGCUCCCUCUCCUACACUACCCCACACAAGAUCAAAACCCCAACAUUGAAGCUCCUCCUUCUUACUCAUCUCUCUUUCUAUCUCUCCCUCCUUCAAAACCCAUUUCUAAAUCUUCUAUUUCCCAGUUUCUCUACGAUUCUUUAGCUCUCUCCGCUUGGAAAACUGCUGGGUUUUCGACCUGGUCGCUUAGAGUUAACCCCAGUAGCGGGAAUCUACACCCUACCGAAGCUUACAUUGUAAGCCCUCCUAUUGACUCGGUUUCGUGUUCUGGUUCGGGUUUCGUGGCGCAUUACGCUCCGAAAGAGCAUGGUUUGGAGAUUAGAGCGGAAAUCCCAUCUGGGUUUUUCCCCAGAUUCUUUCCCGAGAACACUUUCCUCGUUGGGUUGUCUUCGAUUUUCUGGCGCGAAGCUUGGAAAUACGGCGAGCGAGCUUUCCGGUACUGUAACCACGACGUGGGUCAUGCUAUCGCUGCCGUGUCGAUGGCUGCGGCCGCCAUUGGUUGGGAUGUGAAGGUUCUAGAUGGCUUGGGCCAUGAGGAUAUGAAGAAACUCAUGGGGCUUGAAAUUUUCCCUGAGUUUCAUAUUCCUUCUCGACCCAUUAAAGGUAAGUUGCCUCAUAUUGAAUUUGAGCACCCUGAUUGUGUUUUAGCUGUUUUCCCAAGUGGGGUUGGUGGAUUUGAUUUAAAUUAUGAAGAAUUGAGUUCUGCCAUUGCUGAAUUUUCCAAGUUGGAUUGGAAGGGAAAGCCUAAUUUGUUGAGUAAAGAACAUAUUUGUUGGGAUAUUAUAUAUAGAUCAGCUGAGGCAGUUAAGAAACCUUUAGAUAUAGAAAGUAGAUUCAUUGUUGAUCCAUUUCAGAGUAGUGGAGUCAUUAGUGAAGGUGUGUAUAAAGAGUUUAGUGUUAGGGAAAUAGUUAGAAAACGAAGGAGUGCAGUUGAUAUGGAUGGUGUUACUGUAAUUGAGAGAAGUACAUUUUAUCAAAUGCUUCUGCAUUGUCUUCCUUCGGGUUCGGGUAAUGAUGAAGAGAAGCAAAAGAGGCCAUUGGCAUUGCCGUUUCAGGCUCUUUCUUGGGAUGCUGAGGUGCAUGCUGCUUUGUUUGUUCAUAGGGUGAAAGGUUUGCCUCAAGGUCUGUAUUUUUUGGUUAGAAAUGAAGAUCAUUUUGGUGAGCUUAAGAAAUCUAUGAGGCCUGACUUUAAUUGGACCAAGCCUGACGGUUGCCCUGAUGAACUUCCUUUAUAUGAGCUUCAUGUAGGUGAUUAUAGACUUCUCUCUCAACGGCUCUCGUGCAAUCAGGAAAUAGCAAGUGAUGGCUGCUUCAGUCUUGGUAUGGUAGCUCAUUUUGAGCCUGUUUUGCGCGAGAAAGUGUGGAUGUAUCCUCGAUUGUUUUGGGAGACUGGAGUUCUAGGACAAGUUUUGUACCUCGAAGCACAUGCUGUUGGCAUAUCUGCAACAGGAAUCGGCUGCUACUUCGACGACCCUGUGCAUGAAGUGCUUGGGAUUAAAGGAUCAAAUUUUCAGAGUCUCUAUCACUUCACCGUGGGAGGUCCUGUUCUGGACGAACGAAUCAUGAGUCUACCGGCAUAUCCAGGCCCCGGAAUAGACGCUUGAUGGAGUAUGUUCUAUGGGAUCAGAAAAACUAUGUUACUUGUGCCAAGAUGCCAUAAAGUUCACCAAAAUGGGGGGUGCAGAGAAAUCAGAAAAAGUUAUAGUAGCUAUUGGUUGAAAUUACACUAAAAUGGCCACACUAUUUUUUGAGACCUUGAUAUGUAAUAUACAUCAUCCCAUUGUAAAUAUAUAAAAAAAAAAUAUAUGAAGUGGAGCUCAUUCCUUUUACUUAACUUCACUUAUACCCUUUGUUAGAGAGGCUGUUUCUUGAGAUGUAUAUAUUAUGAGAACAAAAGGUGAGAUUAUUAUUUUGUGGGUAAAGGAAUUAUUUUAUUGAUAAAAAAUAGCUUUUUGUUAUAUUACAAAGCUAUUUUGCUUGACUUGGCAACGGCAACUACGUUGUUAAUCUUCAUUAAGUUUUCAAGGGUCA